GCGGCGAGCACCCGGUGCCGGCAUCCGGGGCUAGCCUCGGGGGAGCGCGAGGGAGGGCCACGUCCUGGGUCCCGGGCUCCGCAGCCGGUGGGGACCGUUGGAGGUCUCCGUGUGGCGGGACGCCGGGUCCGACGCCCUCUGGGGCCGGGCCUCCGCCGGGGGCGGCUCUCUAAGGUUCCGGAGCGGCGUGGUGCGUGGCCCGACGGGCUGCGGCUGCUGCUGGCGGCUGGCUCUGGCGGUGUGACUGCAGCUGCAGGUGGUUGCGGAGCGCCGAGAUGAAGUCGGCGCCCUUGUUUUUGACAUUGGAUCCUAUACCGUGCGGGCUGGCUAUGCUGGCGAGGACUGCCCCAAGGUGGAUUUCCCCACGGCCAUUGGUAUGGUGCUGGAGAGAGACGAUGGGAGCACGCUCAUGGAAAUUGACGGCGAUAAAGGCAAACAGGGUGGCCCCACCUACUACAUAGACACCAAUGCGCUGCGCGUGCCCAGAGAAAACAUGGAGGCCAUCUCGCCACUCAAGAAUGGGAUGGUCGAGGACUGGGACAGUUUCCAGGCCAUUUUGGACCACACCUACAAGAUGCACGUCAAAUCUGAGGCCAGCCUGCACCCUGUUCUCAUGUCGGAGGCACCGUGGAACACCAGAGCAAAGAGGGAGAAGCUGACAGAGCUGAUGUUUGAGCACUAUAGCAUCCCGGCCUUCUUCCUUUGCAAAACUGCCGUCCUGACAGCAUUUGCUAAUGGUCGUUCUACUGGGCUGAUUCUGGACAGUGGAGCCACACACACCACUGCAAUCCCAGUCCACGAUGGCUAUGUUCUGCAGCAAGGCAUUGUGAAAUCCCCUCUUGCGGGAGACUUCAUCACCAUGCAGUGCAGAGAGCUCUUCCAGGAGAUGAACAUAGAGCUGAUUCCUCCAUACAUGAUUGCAGCAAAGGAGGCUGUUCGAGAAGGCUCUCCAGCAAACUGGAAAAGAAAAGAGAAAUUGCCCCAGGUCACAAGGUCUUGGCACAAUUACAUGUGUAAUUGUGUCAUCCAGGACUUCCAGGCCUCGGUUCUUCAAGUGUCGGACUCCACUUACGAUGAACAAGUGGCGGCACAGAUGCCUACGGUCCACUAUGAAUUCCCCAACGGUUACAACUGUGACUUCGGUGCCGAGAGGCUGAAGAUCCCCGAGGGGUUAUUUGAUCCUUCCAAUGUGAAGGGCUUAUCUGGAAAUACCAUGCUGGGAGUCAGUCAUGUCGUCACCACAAGUGUUGGAAUGUGUGACAUUGACAUCAGACCAGGCCUGUAUGGCAGUGUGAUUGUAGCGGGGGGCAAUACGCUCAUACAGAGUUUCACUGACAGGCUCAACAGAGAGCUUUCUCAGAAGACUCCCCCGAGCAUGCGGCUGAAACUCAUCGCAAACAACACGACAGUGGAGCGGAGAUUCAGUUCCUGGAUUGGUGGCUCCAUUUUAGCGUCUUUGGGAACCUUCCAGCAGAUGUGGAUUUCCAAGCAGGAGUACGAGGAGGGGGGCAAGCAGUGCGUGGAGAGGAAGUGCCCCUGAUCGCCGCUCCUCACUGCCGCGGUAGUGCACUCAGGAAACCACCAUCUUUUGUAGAAUGUUUAUACGUGUUUGCAUAUUUCAAUUUCCACUUACAAUUUUUUAAGGCUUUAACUGGCUCUAUAAAUUAAAAUGAGUUUGUGCUUUCCUUGAAAUGCACUUAUUCUUAUUACAAGCAUUUUAUAAUUUUGUAUGAAUGUCUAUUUUCUCUAAGUACUUUGCUUUCAGUACUCCCAGCUCACCCGGAGGUUGGUGGGAUUGCUUUUUAUUGACUAGUAAAAGUUACUGCCUAUGCUUUUGACCUUAGGCUUACAAAACUAAAUAAAAAUCACUACUCAU